AUGUCUUCUCAAGGUAGAUCUUCAUCAACAGGUAACAAAAAACAAUUAACUUUGGGUGACUUUUUAAAUAAUGACAAAAGAAAGAGACCAGAUGAGGAAUCAUGGAUAGAAAAGACAAGAAAACAAAUCCGUAACAAUCCACCACCAACUCAACCAAAUGACAAUUCAUCAACAAGAUCAUUUAAUGAUCAUUCAUCAAAUUCAAAUCCACCCUUCAAAACAAAGGCUUCUAAACAACCAAAUUAUGAUAAUCAAAAUUAUGCACAACCUCCUCCUUCAACUCCUCCUAGAACUAGCAAUAGAAGAAAAUCUACACCAGGCUGGAAUAGAGAUUGUGUCAAAUUACCUUGUCAUGAAAAUAAUGUUUACUUUCAAAAUAAUAGACAAUUGUCAAAAUGGUAUUUGAUCAAAACAGUUUUACAACAGAGAAUUUCUGAUGUGAAUGACAUCAUUCAAAUUAUCAAAACAGUCAACUCUAGUUGGAGUUUUUCCUCUAAUACUUUCAAUUCUUUAGAGACAUUAUUUAAUAAUAUUUAUACUGCUAAGGAUAAGGAUCAAUUUUUUAACACUACAUUACCUUGUUUACAAUCUUUAGCUUUGGAUUUACCAAACUUGAUUGACGAAAUUCCACUUUUGAAGAAACAAGAGGAUAGUUCAGUUACUUUGACUAGAAAACAAAUUUGUUGUCUAUUGAUACAUGCAUUUUUUUGUACAUUCCCAAGAAGAAAUCAAACGAGUAAUCCAUCAGAUGAAUACUAUUACUAUCCAUCUAUCAAUUUUAUAACAUUAUUUAAAAAGUCUCCUCUAACAAAGAGAGUUAUCAAAAAGGAUCCAUUCAAUAUUCCAGUUGAUCCAAAAGACACUUUUAAAUCACCAAGCUUGUCACCAGAAAAUACUCCAGAAAUUCCACAACAAAAUGAUACAAGUUCAUCAAUCCCUUCUUCUACUGAUUUGAAUUCCUCUAUUGUAACUCAAACAACAAAUGAUUCUACUGCCAUUGCAUCUAGUAAUCACAUGGAUGCAAAUCUUGAUGCAACAAUUAUCAGUUCCACAACAACAACACAAACCACCACAACAUCUAAUGAGGUUAUAAUCACCAAAACAUUGUCUAUUUCUGAAACAAUUUCAAUUGAGGAUGAUUUAUUAUUUGAUGAAGAUUUAUUGAGUCCAUCUAAAUUUGAGGAAGAAGAAUUUGAAGAAACAAGUUUACUCAUUGAAAAACUCAAAACUGUUAUCAAUUACUUUAAUUUAAUGGCCGAAUAUAUUUUAAAUAAUAACUCCAUAAUUGAUGAAAAAGUAUCUUUUGAGAGAAAAGUGCUGUUGGAUGAUUCGAAGGAUAUGGACAAGAUGUUCCAGAAUAGCAGCGAAAAGCUGCUUUCUAAUAUUGAAAUCAGAGAUAAUGGAACAAUUGAAGAUAAUUCACCACAUACACUUGAUUGUUGCCAUGUCGAUUUUGCAAACAAAAUGCUUGGUGGAGGCGUAUUAGGAAAUGGUGCAGUACAAGAAGAGAUUAGAUUCCUUAUCAAUACAGAAUGUAUAAUUGGAAGACUUUUCACAGAAGAAUUAGACGAUAAUGAAACUUUACUGAUAAGGAACACAAAACGCUUCUCAACCUAUGAAGGAUACUCCUAUUCCUAUAGAUACACAGGAACCUACGAUGAGAACUGUGAAAAUUUCUCCACUAUUAACUAUCCAAUCAUAGCAAUUGAUGCCCUAAAUUUUAACUCGGCCCCAUUUAGAAGUCCUUUCGAUCAAUUUAAGGCAAAGUAUAUUCAGAGAGAAAUCAACAAGAUAUAUUGUGGAUUUAUUGGUAGUGAUUGUAAAAUUAUAUCUACUGGAAAUUUAGGUAAGUGA